UUAUACGCUUAUUUUUUUACAGCUAGGUGGCGAAAGAGGAUGACAACAGAUAUUGCAUUACAGCCACAUAAGAUGUGUGCCUUCUCGAUGCCCGCUACCAAGCUAUGUUUUAUAACCAGCCAGCUAUCAUACUAACCUAAUUCCAUUGCUAGCUGGAUACACGUGAUAAUUCGCAACCACAGUGCUGUCCUAAUGUAGCUGUAUUAUGUAAAGCACGAAUGCAGGUUGAUUAGCAUUUCGGGAAAGCGGUGUCUUGAAAAAGAAGUUACUCGUCUAAAUUAUGUCCCCUAAAAAUGACCGCUUGUUCUAAAGAAAAGUAUGUUCUUUUAAUAUAAACGAUCUGAAUAUUUUCUACAUGUUUUAAUUGGCACCACCAGCCACAGAGUAGUGGACUGUUUAGGGCUUUUUAAACUAUUGAGCCACCUAAAAUGCCGUUUUAAGAGGUGGCACGGUGCGGGGAUUACUGUGAUUGUUCAUUGAGCGCAGUUGUGCACCAUUCUGUCUGCAGAGGUGGAACUAGGUUGAAAUUUAGAAUGUGCUGCUGUUAGAAUGAGCUGGUCGCAAAAUACUCGUACAACCCGCUUAUCCCCGCAGGAACGGCCAUAUCAUAGGAAGUGAGUGCUUUAAUCCUGUAGUGAAAUCGACCGUUGCUGCGUCAGGCAGCAACAGAGAGGUUCCGGCCAGGUGCACCUACGUCAGUCCGUCAUGGCUGACCCGUGGCAGUCGGUGAUGGACCACGCUGUGGCAGUGGCCAGAAAAGCAGGAGAGAUGAUCAGGGAGGCUCUGCAGAGCGAAGUGAGCAUCAUGCACAAGAGCUCGUCUGUGGACCUCGUCACCAAGACCGACCAGCAGGUCGAGCAGUUUAUUUUCACGUCAAUCAGGGAGAAGUUCCCUUCUCACAGCCUCAUUGGAGAAGAGUCUGUAGCCGCUGGACAGCCCUGUGUACUAACUGACAACCCCACAUGGAUCAUCGACCCGGUGGACGGGACUACCAACUUUGUUCACGGGUUCCCAUUCGUUGCAGUGUCCAUCGGCUUUGUCGUUAAGAAGCAGCCAGAGUUUGGCGUGGUCUACAGCUGCGUGGAGGACAAAAUGUACUCGGGCCGAAAAGGCAAGGGGGCCUACUGCAACGGACUGCCCCUACAGGUGUCAGACCAGACAGACAUCAGCCAGAGCAUUAUUACGUGCGAGAUGGGCUCCAACAGAGACCCUGAGGUGGUCGACAAGAUCUUCUCCUCCAUGCGCAAAAUCCUGUGCAUUCCUGUUCAUGGGCUGCGGAGCGCGGGAACUGCCGCCACCAACAUGAGCCUGGUGGCCUCCGGUGUGGUGGAGGCCUACUUUGAGAUCGGGGUCCACUGCUGGGACAUCGCCGCCGGCGCCGUUAUCGUCACGGAAGCGGGGGGUGUCAUGAUGGACGUGGACGGAGGUCCAUUUGACUUGAUGUCCAGAAGAGUUUUGGCGGCAAACAACAAAACGAUCGCCGCCAGGCUCGUCAAAGAGAUCGACGUAUUUCCAGCAAAAAGAGACGACGCCCCAGAAGAGGAAAGCCAAUGACAUCUAUUCUGACUUAAUUCUACCAAGGAAACGUUUUAAAAUAUUUCCCCCUAUUUCUUUGUUCUUAGCUUUAAAAGUACUUGAAUAAAAACAUGUUUUGAGUACAA